AUGUCAUCCAACUACCGCAGAGUCCCUACGGCAUCUGAUGCAGCAUCCACCGCGUCUUCCGAUAUGGGAGAAGCCGGCACGAAUCCUAGCCCGGCUGAUGGCGACAACCGGGCCUAUUUGAGCCGCAGUCCAGCCGACCGAAUGGCUGACAAAGCGAUCGCCUUAGCGUGGGUGCUUGUAGCAUGGCUUGUUGCCAAAUGGACGAGGUUUUUCCAUGUUUUGCUAGCGGAUGAACGCGCAAACCGACCGUUGCUUCAAGUGGCGGCUCUGUCUUUCGGAAUCAAUACUGUACUGUUGCUUUAUCUGACAGUUUAUUUACCAAAGAUAAAAGGACUGACGGAUUCGUCGGCAUGGGAAGUGUACUGCCCAAGGGUCGUUCCCACUAUGACCUUUGUUGGAGUCGUAACUGGUCUGCUUUUGAUACGAGCUACAUGGCCGGUUUGGGGAUUUUUGGCACCACUGGUUUUGGGUGUAGAGUUCUUGGGUUUACUGUUUGGACUGCAUUUUGUACCAUGGUGUUUAUGA